CCCAUUAAAUGGACCCAAAGUGGUUCCACCCUGUUUGGUUCUGUUGGACCUGAUGCAGAUGAGGAUGAGGUUCUGCUGUGGGACCAGCUGUGAUGCAUUUAAGGAACCGCUGGUCCUGUGGGAAUUUACAGGCCCGUCUAAGAUUUCUAACAGCUUCAGCGUCUCAGAGAGUUUAGUUUGGGAUUAUGGAUCAUAGAUUAUGGGUGGAAUCCUUCCUAUUGAUGUUCUGGGUUUCAGACGGCUUUGGUGGAGAUGUUCUGAAGGAACUUUGUUCUGGUUCUGCAGGAGCUGUGUCUACUCUCUGCUGACCCGCGGGCGGCCGGUUCCUCUGAAGAUCAUCUGCUCCUCCAUCGUCUUCUGCUCUCUGAACGGCUUCCUGCAGGGACACCACCUGCUGCACUGCGCUCACCUGCAGCACACCUGGCUGACCAGCGCUCGCCUCUCUGCAGGCAUUCUGCUGUUUGCUGUCGGUCUGACCAUCAACAUCCACAGUGACCAUAUCCUGCGUAACCUGAGGAAACCUGGGGAGUACGUCUACAGGAUCCCCCACGGGGGGAUGUUUGAGUUAGUUUCUGGUGCUAACUUCUUUGGGGAGAUCACAGAGUGGUGCGGCUUCGCCCUCGCUGCUUGGUCCUUUCCAGCCUUCGCCUUUGCCUUCUUCACCAUCUGCUCCAUCGGGCCCAGAGCCUACCAUCACCACAGGGAUUAUAAGCGGAGGUUUGAGGACUACCCCCGCUCCAGGAAAGCCAUCAUUCCCUUCAUUCUUUAGGGAUGGAGACCCAACCCGUGAGAACUGGUACCUUCUGGAGGCUGUUGCAGUUCCUCCUCAGAGAACCAACACAUGCUCCAUAAAUCCAACCCCGAGCCUGAACUGGACCGGUACAGGCUGACGUUCCCUCCAUCCAGGAUUGGGUAUAGGUCAAGGGUCAGGACCAGGGCACCAACAUCCCCGCAGACCCCGCACAUCCUGGACUCAAUAUGUCCGGGCUUUCAUCAUCAGGUGGUGCCACAGAGACAGUUUGUCCCCACAGACUGUCUCUGUUGGACAGGUGAACUCCUUCCUGAGUCGUCUGCUGCUCUGCAGUGAAACUAAAUAAGCAGAUUUUAAAUGUUACAACCUGGUUCAUUUUCUUUAAUAUGGUCCUAUAUUCACAUGUAUGUACUUUUUAUUCUUUUAUUUCCUCUAAACUUUAUGUAUUUGUCUUAAUGUCGGUCCAUCAGAAUAAACAUUAAAGCUGACUCAGACUGUU